GCCCUUCUCCAUCAUGGCGAAUCCCGCCGCGAACUUGAACGCCGUGAGGGAGACCAUGGAAGUCCUGCUGGAGAUAUCAAGAAUUCUAAACACUGGUUUAGAUAUGGAAACCCUCUCUAUUUGUGUGCGACUUUGUGAACAAGGAAUAAAUCCAGAGGCACUGUCUGCUGUCAUCAAGGAACUGCGCAAAGCCACGGAAGCCCUAAAGGCAGCUGAAAACAUGCCAAGCUGAGUCUGUGGGACAGCAUCUUUGGAUUGAGGCGAAGCUUGAUGUGGGAGGCUAACAGAUGAUUUCAAGGUCGUGUGCUGUUUAGGACUCCAGACAUUAUAGGUUGUGUUGGUUUCUGAAGUCUUCACUGAGGAAGAAAUAUAAUGUAAAUGUGUAUAAAAAUGUUAAAUAUGCUUAUUUACCAAUGAUGUAUCUUUAUUGCACAUGAUGUUU